UUAACCUGGCGGGUGUCUGCUGCAGGUGGCGUGGGUGGCGGCGCUGCUCUGCGGCCUCGCUGCUGGAGUCUGUAAGCCAGAAUGCCCGGCCAAACCUACUACUACGCGUAAGGUAGCUGAUCCUCUCAACUGUACUCAAUAUUACUACUGUUUGGUGGAGGAUAAUUCGCCUUCGGACACUCCUCAUGCUUGCCCAGCUGGUCAAUACUUCAACCCUGCCGGAAGAAAUCCAGAUUGUGUUAAUAUGGUGGCACCUUGCUACCCUACCUGCGUAAUUCCAAAUUGCCCUCAACAGUGUGAAUAUGACCUUCAGCAAAUUUUUAACCCGAAUAAUUGCAGCAACUAUUACGUUUGUGUGGCAGAGAACCUUUUAGGCCCUAUGGAAUGCACUGUGAGUGCGCCCUACUUUGAUGGAAUAAGACAGGGCUGUAGCGAUAAUGAGAAUGUGUGCUGCAAUGACCUGUGCGUUGCCUACUGCCAUACCAAAGGGGCGGAGAUUCCUCACCCCUACGACUGCACCAAAUACUAUUUGUGUUUAAGAAUAGGGUUAGCCACGGACGAAGACCUUCUAAGCUGCUCUUCAGGUUCUAACUUUGACGUUAGCACGGGUCGCUGUGUGGCCGGCGCUCCUUGUAACAUACUGUGUCCUGAUGAUCCGGACGUCCACGAGGGAAGUACCACCCCAGCUCCAAUUUGUCAGGACUCCAUGAUGUGCACGGUAGUGGGAUUAUUCCCCAAAUGCACAUUGUGUGACCCGCAGUUCUUCAACUGUCGCACCGUCGGUCAGCCAGCCACCAUCGAGACCUGCACAGGAUCCAAGGUAUUUAACACGGACCCCGCCUAUCCUUACUGUGUUAUACCCUCUGACUGCCCCCACUCUACCAUACAAAGUCCACCAACCACUGCAUUAAGCUCCCACCCUACUGACCUCGCUCCUCCACCCACUUAGGCUACCACUCACCUGGAAACAAUUGGUGCGGCAUACCUCCUAGUUAUGUGGCAUGGACCACUAGAUACUCCCAGUACCUAUCCCACUCAAAAUGUUCGGUAAUAUGUUUAUUGUUUGUGAUGUGUCUAUAUAUGUAUGAACACGUUGUACUGAACGGGGUAAGAAUAACUUGAGCUUCCUCAUCCCUUUGCGUGUAUUUUACCACAAUAAACGUAUUUCAAUUUAAAUUCAUCUACCUAUCCGAUACUACUAUCCUCCCCUAGAACCAUUAUCUACCCCUGGGUGGACAAUUGUACUUAUAUAGUAGUACAAGUGUAUUACUUACACUUGUGCAACCACCUGCAUCUGACCACACUGCUUCACGUUGAUAUAAAUAAUGUAUACCAUGACAGAAAAAAUGCAUAUCUUAAAUAAAAAUUUUAUAACCUAAAUAAAAAAUGUAUAACUUGAAUCAAAUAUGUAUAACUUGAAGCUAAUAUUUAAUAACUUCAACCUAAUAAUGUGUAACGUGUUGCAAAUAAUUCAUAAAUUGAAUGACGUCAUGUAUGACUAGUAGCAAGUAAUGUAUAACUUUUAGUUAAUAAUGCAUAAUAUGUAACAAAUAAUAUAUAACUUGCCCAAAGUAAUACACAACCUGAAAAAAUAAUGUAUAACCGUUAAAAAUUAAUGUAUAACGUGUAACCCUUAAAUAGUUGUUAUCAAGUAA